GCAAGUUUGUGUGUGUGUGUGUUGGUUUUUGCAGGCAGUGAGAGGGUCUCUCCGCUUACAGGUUAGUGCCUGUGGAGGGGGCUGGAUCAGCUGAUGGGCAGCCCCCUGCAUCCCUGAGCAGAACCAGCGGCACAGAGGAGCCGGAGGCAGCUGCUGUUAAGAGGGAGCUUUCUGGGCGCUGCUGCUUCUCCCCCAAAGUGGGGGGCGAAGGGGAAGUCAUCCUUGUCUUCUCUGAAUGGUUCAGAAGGCUCAGAAGAGGAUGCAUGAGAAAGGCGAGUUCUGCAGAAAAAGUUUGCUGGUGGCAGGAGGCAGUGUCUUGCUCUAACUUUGGCCAUGGAGAACUGCAGCAACAGCAAAGUAGACACCCCAACCAACAUCUCCUUGGGGGUUGGUGGUCUCCCAUUCAGCAUCUUUGAAUACAAGACCAUAUCAGUCUUCCUGGUGCUUGCCAUAUGUGGAAUUGGCAUUAUUGGAAAUGCCAUGGUGGUCACUGUAGUUCUGACCACCCGUGACAUGAGGACUCCGACCAACUGCUACUUGGUUAGUUUGGCUGUGGCUGAUCUGAUCGUUCUGGUGGCUGCUGGCCUGCCCAACAUCUCUGACAGUCUGGCAGGAACAUGGAUCUAUGGAUUUGCUGGGUGCCUUGGCAUUACCUACUUUCAGUACCUGGGCAUCAAUGCAUCUUCCUGGUCUAUCACAGCUUUCACUGUGGAAAGAUAUAUUGCCAUCUGCCACCCAAUGAAGGCGCAGACAAUGUGCACCGUGUCUCGAGCCAAGCGCAUCACUGCAUUUGUCUGGAUCCUCACCUCGAUGUACUGCAUGCUCUGGUUCUUCCUGGUGGACGUGGCUGCGAACAACAGCCAGCAGUUGGAGUGUGGCUACAAGGUCUCCCGCAACCUUUACCUGCCCAUCUACCUGCUUGACUUCACCCUCUUUUUCAUCACCCCUCUCCUGCUCACCACUGUGCUCUAUGGCCUCAUUGGAAAAGUCCUUCUCCAGAGCCAUGCCCUGCACCAACCCCCUGCCCAAGGGGAAUGCUGGCGAGAGCGAAGCAACCAGGAGAAAAAUGGCACCGAGGUUGGUCCUCGCAGAGCUGGAACCAGAGUGCCUGUCUCUUCCAGGAAACAGGUCACCAAGAUGUUGGCUGUGGUGGUGGCCCUCUUUGCCCUGCUCUGGAUGCCCUACAGGACCCUGGUUUUGGUGAACUCCUUCGUGGAGCACCCCUACCUGGACCGCUGGUUUGUCCUCUUCUGCAGGAUCUGCAUCUACACCAACAGCGCCAUCAACCCCAUCAUCUACAACCUCAUGUCCCAGAAGUUCCGUCUGGCCUUCAAGAGGCUUUGCAAGUAUAGGGAGGAGGAACUUCAGCGGCAGCGUAGCUUUUACACAGCCUCGGGUGAUGACAGCACCAGGAAGGCCGGCCCCAUCAGCCAGCAGGCCAGCCACAAAGUGGGGAGGCUGGCUGGGACCCCCAGAGCAGAGGCUGAUCAACAAAUCCUGAGCCAGAAAGAGAAGGAGAUGCAAUUUAGCUUGCUUUGAAGGCUCCAAGGUCCUGCCUUUUUAUUUUGUCACACCAGAAACUGACUUUGUCUCGCCCAGCACAAGUGGGUGCCUUUGAGGAACUUGCAGGCUUCAAUUUUAUGGACUUUUUGAACAGGAACCCCCCCCCCCAAUUUAAGGGACAAUUGGGCCAAACCAUCCCCUGAGUUUGGCCAAAAGAGGGAAGCUGGGGAAGAACCUUCAGGAUCUCUCUUUUUGAGAGCCCACAUCAGUUCAGGUGACUCUCCAAAGUCCACCAGCAUGGGGGGGAGGGGCACCUUUUUCUGGAAGAAGACUGUGGAUUCCUCCAGAACAAGGUAGGAAUUUGGAGCGGAGCCUUCUCCAGCCGUACUGGAGCAGCCCCUACUGGUUGGGAGGGCAGGACCUUGGAUGCCUUUCAAAGCAGGCCAGGCAGAAGGAGAGAUAAAGGCCUCCAGAUUUAGCAUUCAUAGCAGGGAAUGAUGGGGGGGGGAGUCUUUAUCUCCAUGCCCUGGUCAUGCCCUUCACCAAGGUGCUUUGAUGCCCAGUGCAAGAGUCAAGAAUGCUGUGCAAGAUGGUCUAUUUAUCUGAUACACCAAGCCUUUUAUUACCUUUUACUUAACUUCAACUGUUGGGCAUUGGUAAUGAGCAAAGGUAAGUUUCCAUGGCUGGAGUGUUUCCGUAGUCCAACUUCUAUGCCCCUCCCCACUUCCUUCUUUCCUUUGGUGAAGAUCAAAAUGUUGGUCAAAGGACGGACUUCCCUGUGUCCUCAUCCAUUUCGUUUGAGCAGAUGAUCUGUGAGCACAAAUUGUUAGAAUAGCCAGAAUAGAAUGCUGGGGUUAUAUGUACGUAUUGCAUUUCUAAGUGUAUUAAAAUGUCAGCAUGAUUUGAGUGCUCUGAGACGAUCACCUUCCAAAUUAAUGUAAAGCAAAGUCUAAAAGGUCCCUGACGCUUCAUAAAAUUCUAACCUCCAAUUCUGCAAAAUCAAAACAGAAUUAAGCUACCAGACUGGAGCUCUCAUUCCUUCAGAAGCCACGAUAGGUAAAAUCUGUCUCCUGGGCAUAAUUGGAGAGGGGGGGAAAAGCGACUUAUUUUUGCUUCCUCGCCAAAAGGAAAAUGCUGCCUUUUCCGGCUGAGUGCUGCUUUUCAUCCUCCGGCAAAUAUGCUUAAUUGAAAAGGUAGAAAGCUCUUCCAUCUUGCUUAUGGUACCAUGCCCACAAAGCAUGCAAAGUGACUCCCCUUGUGUGUUUUUCUGCAGAAAAAAACUCUGGGUGCCGUUGACGGUUUUGCCUGUUUCAGGCUGAUAAUCCAAUUCCGCACUUGGUUUCGAGUGAAGUCAGGAUCACAGUGGCAGCCAAGCCAUAUUGCAGGAAAAAAAUCCACAGAGAGGUGACAAAAAGGAAGUCAAGGAGAAGAAAGGGAAGAUUUGUUUUUUUUUUAAAGGGAGCUUUUGCAAAAUUUCACCCAUGUGAGCAAAAGAAUCUUUGUGAGAAAGCUUUUCUGGGAAUUCUGACGCAAAACAUACUUUUUGAGAUAUUAUUAAAAUGGGCUUCCCGUUAUAUGAAUGAGAUAUAUAAUUAGUCUGACGCACACAUUUUUUCCUACCAUUAUUUUAACAAGCAGCCUCUCAGCUUCGAGAGGAAAUGAUCAGCACUUCAAUAGAACCAUAUUUUGUAGCUAACCCAAUGCAGAGCUUCUUCUGAAUUAAGGGAUGAAAGAAUAUCUUGUCUUGUGACACUCUAGGAAAAUCUCUGGACAGCUUCAGAAGGAGUUCAGAACAAUCCUUUUUACUUGGGAAAAUUGUGCAUCAUUCAUUUUGGGGAAACCUUUUAAAACUGGCACCCACUGGGAGAGAAAUAAGCUCUCCAACUUUGCAGAGAAGGAUGGGCUUUGUAUCUGUCUCCAUGAUCAAUAAAUCAAAAGUGAAGUGGAAUAUUUUAUUUGUUUCCAAAUUAAUGCCCCAUUCAAUUAGGAAAUGUCCAUCAAUAAAUUAAGUUAUCUGGGCCAAUUUCGGUGCGUUUAGUUGUUCAUUCUAAAUUCACUCCUGGUGAUCCAAAGGUCCUGAUUUGAGAAGCGCAAGAAGUAUGACUUUUCUUUCUUUUAUUGAUUUUGUUUCAGCAUCUCCAUCUCUCUUUUUUAAAUUUGUGCCCAUCAUAGGAGGUGACUGCUUUCAAAUGCUAAACCCCAAAAGGAGGAGUCCAACGGUUCUCCUUAAAACAGGGGUCUCCAAACUUGGCAACUUGCAGACUUCAACUUCCAGAAUUCCUCAGCCAGCCUUAGAAAAAAGGAUGUGUCUUAUUGAACAGGACUCUGUUCCACCAGCAGAUGUGAUGGCCGUUGGCAAGAGAUUUGUUGUAGUUAAGUCAAAUCCAAAUUUCCUUUUUUAAAAAAAUAGCUGGACUCAACCUAGACCAAGGGUGGACUUCAACUCCCAGAAUUCCACAAGUCGUAAAGUUGCCAUAGUUGCCUGCCCCCCCACCCCCGAGCUAGACUCUGCAUCAAUGUGAAGAGACACCCAUGCCCAGAGUCCGUUCAAUCAUUAGCAUUCCACCGGUGCUCUCAUAGUGGCGUUGAAUCCACCUAUGGAUCCUACCUACCCAGAUAACCAAAUGGGGCUGUGGAGAACUCCAGCAGUGAGCUACCAACAACUCUGCCUAACCUAAUCUGACAGCUUUCAGCAGCUGGGACUACAUUGCCCAUCACUCCCAGUAAGAACAGGAGUGAAAAACAGACCCAUCUGGAGGAUGCAAAGUUAAGGAAAGCAAAUUGCGUAUUCCCCUGAUGUGGAAGUCAGAAAGGUUGCCUCUGUUGUGAUUUCA